CAUAAUGGACACAAGACUGUCUCUUAGUAACCAAAGAACUCAGCAGACACUCAGGCUGGAAAAAAGCUGUGGUGGGAGUCCUGAAGCCGGCCAGCCAGCCAGCCAGUUCAAGCUUGGCUGGGGAAUGCAAGAAGUCCAAAAUGGAAAGGAAUUGGGAGCCGAAGAGGAGGAGGAGGAGGAGCUGGGAGGAAUCAACGAAAAACUAAUAAGGCAGCAUAAGCUUCCACUCUCUGCACAGUCCGCCUUCAGCUAUGUCCCACCCCAGCGUAAGGAUCCCCCAGAACUCAGCUAUUUUCACCAAGAGAGUAAGCCAGGAAUUGUUUCACUGUAUGACUGCAUCUUUAAAAGGCCUGCUGGCUAUGAUCCAAAACUUCAUCGGUGUGACAGAGAGCAUGCAAAAAGCAGAGGACUUCAUAUUAACGAUGAGGAAAAAGCAAGGCCUACAGCUGUCUUGUCUUCUUCUGAGUAUGGGCGGCGCAUAGACAAGCCUGUGGAAGACAUCAAUCGAGACCACGUUCGCAUUAACCAUAUAAAGGCAGAAUUCUACAGAAAAAAUGAAAUCUCUUGCUUGAUACAGAAAUCCAGCAGAAACACUGAGCCAACCUAAGGUUUUUCUGCUGUGAGCAAAAAGAACUCCAUUUACUACUGUCAGUCGUAUGCCUUUAUGGCAAGGUUUUUAGCCUUUCCUACUUACUUUAACAAUUAUACUUGGACAUUUGUGCUAUUACUAGCUUGCACCAGUGUGAUACUCACAGGAAUGCUGUAAAAUAAGAAAAUAAUGCUCGUAAAACUGAUAAAAAGA